UUGCCCAUGCCCUAAGCCUAAAUUUGCAUCUCUAUGUGAUGCUAAUACCUUAAAUGAGGGCAAAGCCAAGAAUCAAUCAAUCAACCACUUGUCUAGUCUAGGAGUCAUCUCUUGAUCCCUUCCUUGCUCCUUGUGCCCACCAUUACAAUAUGUAUAUACAUAUAUAUAUAUAUAUAUAUAUAGAGAGAGAGAGAGAGAGAGAGAGAGAGAGAGAGAGAGAGAGAGAGAGAGAGAGAGAGAGAUUGGUAAGGAUGGGGUUGGUGAUGAGCUUGAUGGGAAGAGGGUAUUGGCAAUAUAGGCUUGCCAACGGCACAAGUGCUGGGGCUGCUCAUGGGAAAGCUUCACAAAGAGUUCAUAGAAAAAGAUGUCAAAACCUUUCACCAAUUCCACAUUGCUAUUCUUGACAUCUUCAGCGCUGUCAAUGCUGCUUUGCCUGGUAAACACUACGAUCCACCCUCGACAGAGGAAGUCGAGGAAUGUUUUAGGGUGUGGAAGGGAGCGGGAACAAACCAGGAGCAGAAGAAGACAAUAGUAGUCGACUUCAUGAAGCAGCAUGUGAAUCUCAGCAAGUUGGAUGAGAUGACGCUCACGGCAGGGAUCGUCACACCUCCCGCUGCCAUGGCUGCCAAGAGGGCAGGGGAGACCCUCCCCCAGCUCAACCUCAUCAAGAACAUCCCUGAUGUCAUUUUCGUCCCCUCCGCCACAUUACUUGCUCUCAUAUCUGUCAAGUUAUCCAGGAAGAUAAUUCUACGUGACACAAUGCCAUGAAAUUAAAGACUGUAAAACCUACAAUUUCCUCACAAACAUGCAAUCAGAGAUCAUACAUAUUUGCAGGGUGAAUUCAGAAUGGAAUUUAUCUUCUGUAAAUCUUCAAGAACAGAUAAAUCAGUCGUACCUUGGAAUCGCUAAC